GGACAAGACGCAUCUUUCUUCGAAAAGAGAAAGGUGCUGCGGCAAAGUUCUCUUUCUUCGUCACUGUACACGGCGCCUUUCUCGUCUGUCUGUUCGCCCGAGACUGCAGCAGCUCCCGGGAGCGUGGAUCUCGGGGCAAGGCCGAGAGCCAGUUUGAGCUUCCUGGAAAACAGUUUUUUUCGCAUGCGGGUCUUUCCGCUUCGGAGUUGUUGUUCUCUAGCUGCUCUCCUUCCUCCAGUCCCUUUCCCGUCCGUCUCCCGUAAACUUUACGUAUUCUCCGGCGAAAAUGUGUGCUUUCCGGUCCGCUGCGGACUUCGUGCCGGAAACGGAAAACGCCACCUUGUCUAGGCGGAGUUUCUUCGCGAUUUACGCACAACAAACGCUUGUCCGGCCGCGUCUUUCAACUCUUGGGUCUCGUUGGUUUGCACCGUGAAAAAUCCAUGUCAUCGAGGUUCUUCUCUCGCGUUCGACAGGCUGUCUCAUUUCCUGGGGCGCCGAACCCCCGGUUUGCCGCCAUCCUCAUCGCAGUCGGCUGUGAUAUUUGACUUCCGUGGAAUCUCAGAAAGCCGACAACGAGCGACAGACUUUGUUGAGAAUUGCUGGGGGACACUCUGAGAGAAUGCUCUGAAGUGGAACCUGUUUCACACCCUGUCAAGCAACCCAAUUUGCGAAAAGUAUCUCACACCUGCCCUCCCGAGUCUGAGCAAACUGCGGCUGCGAGUCAUCUUCGUUUUCCUGAUCUCCAGAGCAGUCGCCUGCCGUUUUCCGGCGCCGCGGAGGGACUCGUGAUUGUUUUCUAGUUUUUUCUGGUUUGCCUUUCGUGUGCCCUCGCUCUUUCCCCCUCUUUCUGUUUCGCCUCUUCUUCCCCCUUCGGUCCCGCCAUCCAUGGCAGUGCGCGCUGGACCGUUCCGAGACUGUCUACCAAACGGUCUGCGUCUUGGCCUCGCUGCUCCUCCUUUUUUUCGUUCAAGAUGGUGUCUGGAGCCGAAAAACACGAUCGCUGGGUGCAGUGCGACAAGUGCGACAAGUGGCGGCGCUUGCCGGGGUGUACAGACACCGAGUACGCGGCGUUGAUGGCGAAUCCGCGAUGGCAGUGCAACAAGAAUCGUUGGGAUCAGGCCCGCGCGUCUUGCGCUGCACCAGAGGAAGAAGACACUUGCGACUCGAGCAUCGAUGGCUUGCCUUCCUCUCAGCUGCCGACUCCUGCGAGUGAGUCCGCGUUCCCCCUCGAAGCUCUCGGCCACCCGCCUGUGCUCGACGCGUGCUCAGACGCACUCGGCACCACUGGGUCGUUCGUUUCUCCCGCGUUUUCUGAGGAGAAGGCGCUCGGCGCUGCGGCAGCCGCAGCAGGGUGGAGUCGCCGUGGCGCGUCUGCCGCUCCGCGCGGCGGCGGGAGCCGAGGGGAGAAGUGCGCCAGAGUUGGCCGACGUCAGAACGCGCUGAACAGCGACGCCUUCGCUGCACUCGGACUCCAAGAAGACGAAGAACCUGUCGGCUUCGCGCCCCGCCAAGGCGCGUUCCAGACGCUGCUGCGCGCACAAGAAACGAACUUCCAGCUCGACGCAGAGGAAGAAGACGCACUCGCGCGCGACUCUUCCCCGAGCCGCCUGUCGCAAACUGCCUCCUCUCUAGAAGGCCUCUCGACGGGGAAAAAACGCUGUUACCCCUCUGCCACCCAAAGAGGCAAGAAAAGAAAGUGUGAGGACGCAGUCGAAGCAGGCGGUCGCGCAGAGACUCCCGCUGAACGCGGAGUCGCCCUGCCUCACGAAGACGCAGCUGGACUCUGGGCUCCUGGACACUCUGGCAGAGCUGCGGUGCUUUCGUCAGGCCUCCGCGGACCCGGAGGCUCGACAGCGGCGUCGGGGGGCGCGACUGGACAGCCUGCCUCGACCUCGAGCUUCCCUGCAGUGUCUUCGCCUUCUCUCUCCGCCUCUGGAUCGGGAGCACACCCGAGUGUGACGCCGAAUGCGCAUGCACAGACCUCUUCGGAGCCUGCCGCGGUCGGCCGGGCUUCAUCGCCAGUCGUUCCCCCACUGGAGACCCUGCAGACUGGUCACACCGCGUCUUCCCGUGUCGAGGAGACGGCGCAUGCGCUGGUGCAGUCGCUGGCUGCGGGUGGCUGGAUCGACCGGGAGAACUUGGCGCAGCUGCUCUCGACGCUGCCGCAGAAAGCUCAGGGGGCGCCCUGGGCCAGAGGCUCCGACCUCUCUGCCCUUCUCGCUUCGACUUUCGCAGCUCCGCUGAGAAACGCAGCCGCCCCUGGAGAGGACAGCGAAAACAAGGCCGUCGGCCCGGUCUCCAGGGGAGACGAAGCUCUCUCCAACUCCGCGGCCCUAUCUCUCGGAUCUUCGACCUGCGGAGAGAACUGGACGACUGGAGCGGCGCCGACUGGAGGCGGGCGCGGAGCGGCUCUCGCCAGGACCCAAGGGCCCCUGCCUGUGAAGACGCAGCUCACUCCGCAUUUGCUUCCGAGCGAGGCACCGAGGGAGGCGACGGAACUCGAGAUGCCUAAGCAUGCAGAAGCAGAGACGAAGGGCAUCGCAGAGGCGACGAGUGCAGCAGUCGACAACUGGGUACAGUGUGAAGCCUGUAAGAAAUGGCGCCGUCUGCCAGCGAGUGUCGAUCCGGACCGUCUGCCUGAGACUUGGCUGUGCGCCAUGACUUUCUGGGAUCCGUUCCACGACUCCUGCGACGCGCCGGAGGAAGACUACCGCGACACUGUGCCUCACUCCGGUCAGGGGGCGCUGCCUGCAGACUCGGCGCCUUCGGGAGGGUGCGAGGGCGGUCCAGCUCUCCAGGAGAGGAACCGAAAGACGUCGCUGUCGGAGGAGACUCUCGCGAAACUCGUACAGACGGCCAAGCCGAUGUCGGGGACGCAGGGAGACCUGGCCGUGGGGACGCGCGGCGGGACGACAGAGGCUCUGAGACCGCUAAGAGGAGAAAGAGACGGCGACGGACGAAGGCCGUUCGAGAGAGUUUUAACUGGCGGCGGUGCUCUCUCUUCUCCGAAGAAGUUCCUCGGCGUCGGGAUCCAGGUCCCCGCAGGAGGUCCAGGCGCCGGAGCGUCGUCUGCUUUCGCGCUCGACCGGGCCAGGGACCUCUCAGGCCUCGGCGAGAAGUUCGCGCCUCCUCCAGGCCCAGGGGGGCGAGGCCGGAGGACCCGGGGCGACGGCCGCGGUCGGAGAGAGAAGGAAGAAGACGGAGAAGCGAUGAAAUUCAGAGAUGACACCUGGGACACAAAGUCUCUGGGAAACUCUCACAACCUCCAGAGACAAGGCUCAAGCCACGAUUUAGCUGCUUUCUCGUCCUGGAUGAAUUUCGGCGCGGUAGCCGCUUCUCCUUUUUCUCAACUCGGCGGCGCGCCUGCCUCAGACGCCUUCGCCGAUGGAGCUGCCGUAACCGUUCUGCGUAUUCCUCCUGCCGCGAGAGAGUCAGGCCAUCCUCUCGCGGACCGACUGUUGCUCUACGCCGCAGACGGAACAGUGGCGAGUUGCUUGGCGUGCGAGUUGCCGUUUCAAACGUUGCAGCUUCGUCUGUUGGAGGCGUAUCGUUAUGAGACUCCGUCGCGUCCGGAGGCAUCUCUGGAUUUUUCUUUCGUGUCUGGAUUCUCUUCUGCGACUGCGGCGCCAGGCCGCAGACACCGGGGAGAGUCUGGCGAUGUUGGUUCUUUUUCUCGCGAGCACUCGUUCUCUGCUUCUCGAGAGGGUUUGCGGUCGUCGAAGGCGUCUUCUCCUCCGGCGGGUGCUGCGGCGUCUCAGAGUCUGAAUCGCGCGUCUUCUUCUCUCUCCGACAAUGGUCUUUUCCCUCUUUCGUGUCUGCACCUUCUCUCGCAGCUGGAGUCUCCUGGAAGAGAAGACGACGUCUUUUCCGACUUUUUCGACAAGAAAGGCGACGCGUUCGCCAGGUCCUCCGUCGCAGGCGUCGAGACGCCGGGGGACAGAGGCCAGGGGGCUCUGGAGGGAGACAGUGCGUACUUCUCGUUUCUCGAGAAGAACGCGGGCAACGCAUGCGCGCCGAAAAGCGCUUCUCUCGGAUCCUCGAACGAGGUCUGCGUUAGCCUCGACUUCGCUGCCAACGUUCGAUGGCCGGGCGCCGAGAUGCUCUCCUCCGACUCGGAGGAAGAAGACUGCUGCGGCGGACGCGAAGCCGCAGGACCGGCGAGGAGUGAAGCUGGGAAGGAGCGAGAGGAUGAGGGAAGGCCUCGGAAGGCGGCAAGCGCGUCGACCUCGGUGUCGGAGAGGCGCGAGAAGGCGAAGAAGGAGCGAGAAGACGCACGGCGUCUGCAGUGCAUGCUGAACUCGAUGAGGGAAUUGAUGAGUUUGUGUCCACUGCUGGACGGACAGGUGGGCUGUCUGCCUUCGUCAAGUGAGCAGGGGAGACGACAGGAAGGCGGCCGCGAGGCGCAUGCGGAGACGACAGAGACUGGACGGGGGGACUGCGGACGCGAGAGGAGAGAGGGAUCUGCUGCGGGUCGGAGAGAGCUGGACAGCGGCCGAGGUGGCGGCCUCCAGAGAGAAGAAGAGUUCAGACUGGAGAGGCGAGAGGGAAAAGCGAACCGAGAAGACAGACCUGAAGAAGAGCACAGAGACACCGGACGCACGCGACCCUUCGCCGUCCUCGAGUUGAAAGACAUCAUCAGCUUGGUCUGUAUGGCGCCCGACGCGAACGGAGAAAACGAGGAAGAGGAAGACACCUGCCGCAGAGAACGAGAACGAAAAAAGAGAAAGAAGGAGCCUCAAGAAGAAGAGAGAGAAGAGGAAGAGAAGGAAGAGGAAGAUGAGAAGGAAGAGGAAGAAGAGAAGGAAGAGGAAGAAGAGAAGGAAGAGGAAGAAGAGAAGGAAGAGGAAGAAGAGAAGGAAGAGAAGGAAGGGAGGGAGGAGGGAGAAGAUGAGGGAGAGAGGGAAGGGAGGGAAGAGGAGGAGAGAGGAGAGAAAGCGGAGCAGAUUGGGCGUAUAGGAGAGGAACAUACAGAAGGUGAGAAGGAAGAGAAAGAACAGGCGGACGGUGACAGGAAGAAGAGGGGACAGACUGUGGAUGUGGUGGAAGUCGAGGUAGAGGAGGGAGAGGACGCCGAGCAGGAAGGAGACCGAGGCCUUCAGCAAGGAGAGGAGUGCAGCGAAGAUAAACGACAGGAGGCAGACGAGACAGAGGAGAGAGGCGAGACAGAGGAUACAGCUGAGAAAGAAGGACGAGAAGGGCCGUCAAGAGCUGGCUGCGAUGGAGAGGAGGGAAGAGUGAACGAGGGAGAAAAAGAGAAGGAACAGAAGAAGGCAGGCGAAGCGGGCGAGGAAGAUUUCCAGAGCGCAGGACAGGAAGAAGUGAGAGAAGACGCGGCCGAGACAGACAGGAAAGUCGACAGCGAUCGACAAGACGAAGAAACACAAAAAGAGAGAACAGGCGAACUCGAAUGCGGCGAGGGGGAGGCAGCAAAGGAGACGGAGGAGACAGAAAAGGAAGCAAAGGAGACAGAGAAAGCGGAGGAGGAAGCAAAGGAGACGGAGGAGACGGAAAAGGAAGCAAAGGAGACAGAGAAGGCGGAGGAGGAAGCAAGGGAGACGGAGGAGACGGAAAAGGAAGCAAAGGAGACAGAGAAGGCGGAGGAGGAAGCAAGGGAGACGGAGGAGACGGAAAAGGAAGCAAAGGAGACAGAGAAGGCGGAGGAGGAAGCAAAGGAGACGGAGGAGACGGAAAAGGAAGCAAAGGAGACAGAGGAAGCGGAGGAGGAAGCAAGGGAGACGGAGGAGACGGAAAAGGAAGCAAAGGAGACAGAGAAGGCGGAGGAGGAAGCAAAGGAGACGGAGGAGACAGAAAAGGAAGCAAAGGAGACAGAGAAGGCGGAGGAGGAAGCAAAGGAGACGGAGGAGACAGAAAAGGAAGCAAAGGAGACAGAGAAAGCGGAGGAGGCAGAGGCGGUAGGGACAGGGGGGUUUCCGAGGGAGAAACAGAGAAAUAAGCAAGAAGAGAAGCUGACGAAGCCUGGAGACGAAGAAGAGGUUGCGCGCAUCGAGGAAGAGACUUCAGAACAAGCAGAGGGCAAGAGGGAGAAAGCCGCCAAGGAUGGCGACGUUCCGGGGAAGAAGGAAGAACAAGGAAAGGAGGGAGGGGAGAGCAGCGUACUAGGCGGCCCUGAAGAGACACCAGCAGCGAAGGAGACCGUUUUCUCCGCGCCCCAGGAAGGAGACAGCGUCCAGGGAAGCGCAGGCGGAAUGCCCGUCACAGAGAAGCGUUCAUGUUCGGUCCGCGGCGAGGCAGAGAAACUCGAGGAGACCGAAGAGGAAGAUCUAGCUCUCCCUUCUUCGCACACCGCGAGGAAGAGGAAGCACAGUGUCUUGUCGAGUUCCAGUGAAGACGAGAAGGAGAGAGGAGAGGCUGGAGGGAAAGACACAGAAACAACGAAGCGCGCCGAGAUCUCCGCGGAGCAGAGCAGCGCUCUCGUGGCGCAGGCGACUCUGCAUAUGUCUGCCCCGGCUGCUGCCAAAACGCGUUCUGGAGGAGCGAAGAAGAGAAAGAAGAACAAGAAGAAGAACAAAUCCAAGGCUUCAGAGACACAUCGAUUGUCACCCGCGACAGAAGAGACGAGAAAACCCGCCUCUCUGGAAAGUCAAAUACGAAACUCUUCCCGCCCCCCCGCUCUUGUUGGACCCGUCAGACAACAGAGCUCCUGUCCAACGGCCAGCUGCGACGCUUCGUCUCUGAGCUUGACAGUGCUCGCAGUGUCUCCGUCGGGACCGCUGCCUUCUUCGGCUCGGCUGGAGUCUGCGUGGAAGUCGGACCGGCAGGGUGUCUCCGCAGACCCCACAAAAGACCUCACUCCAGGAGACAGCGGGGGUUCGGCCUCUGAGAGCAACCUCGCCGCCGCGGAGAACCGGUGCCGCCUUUCGGACUCGCGAGUGGAAGCAGAUUGCGAAGAAGAGGAGCGGAGCCUGGAGUCGAAUUCUGGAAAGAAGGUCGAAGGCCUACAAGACGAGAAAGCGACUGCGUUGCCUUCGGGAGAGAAGAACUCUUCGUCUCUACGCUCUUCAGAAGUGCCUCCGGAAGAGCGGCGUUUCUCACGCAACACAACGAGCGCUCGCGGCUCUGCUUCGCAGUCGUCUUCCUUCGUUUCCACUUCCUCCCUUUCUUCUGUCUGUCUGUCACGGAGCACCUCGCCCCCCGCCGUCUCUCAGACUGCUUUGAAGGCAGAAGCCCGAUGCCCGCCGGAGGACGGCAGCGUCUCCGGUCUCAGUCGCGUCUCGGAGCCCCACAGCGACUGCGCAAGUAGCUUUUUCUCCCCGACAAAGGAGCCGGCCUGUAAGAAUGGCGCGCCUGCGGAUGGCCCUGCACCUUCGCGCUCUGCAGAAGAGAAGAAUGUGGCGUCCGAAGCUGCACCUUCGGAGGCGAAAGGCGCAGACCCUGGAGGAGACGGCGCGUUUGUCUUCCUUAGCACAGAAGCCGCCCGAGAGGAGCGCGAGAAGUUCGGAGACGAAGAAGGCCUUGAGGAGGGGGUGAGAAGUGGAGCGCGUCGAAGUCUCCGCGACAGAGAAGAGAACUCAGGUUCCCUUCUCUUGAGAGGAGUGGAAGUGGAGGGAGGCUCGCGGACCUGCUCCAACUCAAGACAGAGAGACUCAGAUGUCUCUGAACCCCGCAGCGGGCCGUCGCGCCGAGAGUCGCCUCGGAGAGACUUCUCAACUGUCCACGACCAAGGAAAAGACCCGGAAGAGCCCCAGAGGGCGCGGGGCCGGAGUCGCUCUCCGUCGGAGCCGGGCCUCCCGCCUCCUUCGCCUAUGUCGUCUCCACCUUCUCCAGGACCCCGCGACUCCAGCGGCUUUUUCGGGGACUCCCCUCGGUCCGCGCCUUCCUCGCCCGGAGCCUCGGCGUUGCCGCCUGCGGUUCCUGUCGAUGUCGCCUCUCUCCCGCCCGCGCGAGCCGGACCUUUCCGAACCUCCGCCUUCGCCUUCUCGCCCCACGCCUCGCUCCAAAGGGGGCCCGCGCCCGUGGGGCUCCACCGGCCUCUGCUGGGCCACCCGCCUCGCGAAGGCGACGGACUUCUGGGUCCCGGCCGCCCUGUGGGCUCCGGAAGCUCGGGGGGGCCGCGUCCACCCUUCGAGCGGAGCUGGGAGAAGCGGCAGGGAUUCUUCGGCCCUCGCCGAGGUGCAGGGCUCGAGCCGGAAGGCGACGAGUUCUCCGGCUCGAAAGGCACACGCGGCUUCAAUGGAGGCGACCGCGACGCGGAGCGCAACGGGGAUCGACGCGACGCAGGCCCGCGCGGCCCGAGCGGAGACGCGGGCGCCGGCAGACCCUCGAGCCCCACGGGGAGUGGAGUGAGCGGGGGCAAGGGCGCCGGCGGGCGUUCGGUGGUCUUCACUGGAGACUCAGGGGUUUCGAAGGAAGUCGAGUUGGACUCGGCGUCUGGGGGGUCGCGCCGCGGCUCGGGAACCUCAGCUCUCUCCUUGGCGCCCGUGACGGUCCUGGCGCCGCCCGCUGGAGAGUCCCCCGCGCGCCCGGUGUGCCCGCGAAUCCUCAACCUGCCCUCGCAUCUGUCUUCCGGGAGUUUUGGCCGAGCGGCGUUUUUCUCGCGCUCGGGCCGCGGUGAGUCUGCCCACUUCAACGAAGACGACUUCAAGGGAUGCGGAGCCGCGAGCGGGAGUCCGAGCGGCUCCGAAGGCCGCGCGCUGCUGGGCGUGGGGCCGAAGGCCCGCGCUCCUUUCGGGCCUGAAAAGAGGGACUGGGGGGACCGGCGGCCCGGCUACGAAGGCGAACGGGGCGCAGACUCGCAGUGGGGCUUUUCGGAGGCUCCGAAAGGCCCUGAGCACGCGCGGCUUUUGCCUGGGUUUCCAAGCGGAGGACGGGUCCAGUUUUGGAGUGGAGGCUCAUUCUACGCAGGGGGCGAAGACGCAAGUGUCUCCUCGCCUUCGGGUGCGUCGGUGUCCUUUGGGGGCUCGGGGGGUGAGUUUCCCGCGAGACCCGCGGCGCCGCCCGUGCUCUUGCCUCCGCCGAGCUCGUCCUUCAACUCGAAGUCGGGUUUCUCCGCCUACGGACCCGGUGGAGCCCAACUAGCUGGAGACAGCGGAGACGGCGCCCUGCGCCCCGUUCCGCGCCGCAGCGACAGCUGGGGCGACGAAGAGCGCGGCGAGCGCCGGCGAGGUGGAGGGGGUUCCGGCGCGGACUCCUUCUUCUAUCAAGGCGAGGACGGCGCCUCUUUCUCGUUCUCCUCGUUCCAUAGAAACCGAGAGACGCGAGACGUAUACGCAGGGGGCGACGGGGCAGUCCUGCGACCCGGCGCAGGCGGCGGCGUGUGGCAUGGAGGCGAAAGGAGAAGCUCCAGAGAGCUCGGGGGCUCGGGCUAUCGCGCGUCGCAUCGCAGGAGAGAGGACUGAUAACUUUCUCCUCUUUAAAAGCCACACAGGUGCAGGUUGUUUGUAAAGUUUCUCUUGGUCUUCGCUGUGCUCUCUGGAGCAGGCGAGAGCAGGCGCUCUCGCCAGAGCCUGGCUUCGUUUUUUUCACGUUCAAUGAAAAACCUGAGGUAAAAGACGUCUGCAUGCGUUUCCGAAGGCGUUGCAAAGGGGUUGUGCCCUUGGACGCGAAGACUGACGGCGCCCCCACGAAUCUGGACUUGCUUGGUGCACACCGUGUAUCGUUCAGAUUAGACCAAUGAAAAAAACUCCGACUUUUCAGUGCCCAGGCCUGCACCCCAACAAUACUCAAAUUCGCUUUUCUCUCCGUUUUCUCUCCCUGUCUCUUCUCUCUGUUUGCUUCGCUUUCUCUCCCUUUCUCGUCUCUCCGUUUUCCCCUGUCUGCUUUGCGCCUUCGGGGGCAGUGAUGCGUGCGUUUCUCUUUGCAAAGUCGCUGCGAAGCCGUUCCGUUCUGCUCGCGUCUCUGCUUGGGCGCUGGGCGCGAGGGACCCGCAGAAAAGUCUCGACACAGACGUUACACCGA